GUCCAAGGCAGCCAUGCCGCCUCUCAGGGCGUCAUGUGACCGGUGUCGAGGGCUGAAACUGAGAUGCGUGCCCUCUUCAGACACCGCAACAUCACCUUGCCAGCGGUGUGUGAGGGCAAAAAUACCAAACUCUUGCGUGUUUAGCCAGCGGUCACGGACAGGGCGCUCUGCCAGACACGGAAGUUGUAGCAGCGUUAGUGAUGGGCAGAUGAAAAAAGCCGGCAACUCGUCAUCUCGCAAAGAUAGAGGCCGUUGGCUGCCCGGGACCAGCACAUUCGUGCUCGGCACUGCAGACCAGUCAGAAUUAGAGUUACCACCAGACCCGCCGGCUUCUGAGACGAACCAGCCACCGACGACACCUACUCUUGUGUCCCCGACAAACCAGCUGAGCACACUCCACCUGGAAGACACCGUUGCCGGUCCAACUUUGACAACCGCCUCACUUUUGGGAACAGCACUCACGGAUCCGUGGGCCGCAGAUACCGAAGACACUUCUCUGGGAGAAUUCUUUGGAGACGCGGCAGUGUGCGAAUCUCUAAACUACCUCUUCCGAGCGGACGCUGAUGUCAGCUGUCUGCCCGAAAGCUCCAACUCAUCAGACCCUGGGGACAUGAUGACGGCGAUGGAAACCGAAUUCUCCUUUGACCCGCUCUCGGCCAAUGACUUCGACCACCAAGAUUUCUACGUUCCGCCGGCCGGGCCCCUCGCGUUCGAGAACAAUAACAACAACAACACGGCAAACGGAUCCCCCAACACCAUGGAUGUGGACAUCUUCCCAGCCCCGAAAAAGCCCGGGCCUGUUGUCGACUUAACCACCCUCUUGGCCGAGAUGUCACGCUACGAAAACCGUCUCUCCAAGCUCUCAGCUUCCGGCAACACGGACGACAUUGACGACUACCCGAUCGGCGACGCGCUCUUCCUCUCCCAGCGCUUCUUCGCCAUCGUAGCCGAUUACACAGCCGAUUCCGCCCGGCCCAACCACAGCUGCACACCCAGCAUCUCCGACUCCUCCGCGGACGAACUCGUCCCCCCCACCGGUACCGGGCGCACCACCACCACCACCACCACCACCACCCCCAGCACCAACCGCCCGCAACCCCUGGACAUGCUCCUCCCCACCCUGACCUGCUACUCCACCCUCACCCGCAUCUACUCCUCCAUCUUCGGCUUCCUACUCGAGCACCUGACCCGCACCAUGCCGCCGCUCGCCGGCAGCGGCAUGUCACACGCCGCACACAGCGGCGGCGGCGGCAGCCACUGGCACGCGGCGCGGCGCGCCGGCGGUGGCGCCCACCCGCUCAAGACUAACAUGCACGCCUACCGCGGCCUGCGCCUGGGCCAGCUGCGCGAGAUGUGUCUGUGCACCGGGUGGGAUCCUGCGCCGAGGGCGAAGAGUGCGGUUUCGAUGUUGUUGUAUAGUUUGGGGGGUGCAGAGAGUGUGUUGGAUUUGCCGCCGGAUUUAAGGGUCGCGCGGAGGGCGGGCGCGGCGACGUGGCGUGGGGAUGCGGGGGGGAAGGAUGGGAAUGGGAGGUUGGGGAGGGGGGUGUUGCCGUUUGAGGACGGCGGGUGUUUGCAUUUAUCGUUGAGGGAUCAGGCGAGGGAGUUGAGGCAGAAGGUGGAGGAUGUCAACGGGUUGUUGAAUGAGCUUUUGUAAGGGGGUUAUACACUGCUGUGGGGCGUACCGGUGAGGGGAUGGGGUGAUGGACACAUUGCUCAUGGCACCGGAGGUCACAUAGAAGAAAAGGGGUGGUUAGGAAAUUUAGAGUCUUGCUGGUGAGGCACAUUCUGCUUGAUAUCCACCGCGGGAAACGGAAACCAGGGGCAUUGGAUGGAGUUGUUCGAGCUAUCCAUUGCGGGCGGGUAUGGUGGUAACCGGUGGGAAUACGAGAGAGGAAUAACACUGACACAAGUUUGCCGCCGCGGACGAUAAGGUACCGGUACAUAUAUGCGGUAUUAUAAACCGAAGUUGCACCACACA